CAUACUAUGGAAUAAGGACGCCAAGUCAAGAGAUAAGGGUAGGAUGUGAUAGAGAGGGUAUGGUUCAUACUUCAUACUUCAACAAAAGCUUCAAGAAAUGGCAGCCAAUGUGACUCUGUCCUCUCCUUUUCCCUGCAAAACUUCAUUUCUCCCAAAAUCACCAUCAUCACUUUCUCCACUUUUAUAUGCCCCUUUCUCCCACAGAAACACACCAAAUGUUGUUGCUCUCAAAGUUCAUGCAAAACUCGGUGGUGGAGAUGAAGAAGGCAAGAAAGGAGGGAAGAAGAAAUUCAUAACAAGGGAUGAAGAGCCGCAACAGUAUUGGCAGACAGCAGGAGAAAGGGAAGGAGAGAAUCCAAUGAAGACACCGCUUCCUUAUAUCAUCAUCUUUGGUAUGUCAACUCCUUUUGUGAUCUUAGCCAUUGCUUUUGCAAAUGGUUGGAUUAAGGUUCCUGUUCGGUGAUACAUCAUACUCAUACUCCUACCACUUGAGAACCCUCGGAUCGUAAAAUUAAUAAGAGACUUCUCUAUUAGAUAUUUUCAUUUCUUUCUUAUUGUAACAGAUGAAUCACACAAAGUGUUUGGAUCGUUUAUAUGGAUACUUUUGCUAUUUGAUUUACUCCUCUGUUGAAUAGUUGAUGACA